UUCUUUGUGGAAUGGGAAUCUCCCAUCAUGUGCUGUAGAUUACAUUCUGGAGUCUUGUUACAUCACUUCAGUUCAGUGGGUGGCGGUAAUACACCUGGUUGUUGGUGUCCGCCGAACCGCCGAAGAAGAAGAAGACGACGAAGAAGAAACGCUCACAGUGGGCGGGAAAUACUGUCGGAAUACGAACCGAGUAAAGAGUGCUGGUUUGUGAGUGCAGCAGAAGCGCUGCAUCGGUAGCAAAUUAAUUAGUGUUAUUGCUAAUCGUUAUUGACCGGAGGAUGGUUCAAAUAAUGAUCAGAGGCAGCCCGGAUGGCAGCAGUCCCCCCGAAUGGCUGGUGGUGGAAUUACAGGGGGAGAUGGUGUCUAGACACAACUCUGGUCUGGCAGGAAAUGUGAUGGGAGAUCUACUGUAUACCAAAGAGGGGGUGCCAGUGCUGAUUGUAGGACAUCACAUUAUCUACGGGAAGCAGGUCAAACUGGAGAAACCCUUUGCUGUUCUCACCAAGCACUCGGGCCAUUCACAGGGCAGUCACAACAGUAACAACGAUGACAUAACGCAGGAAGCAAUGGAAACAGACCAACAAGGCUCUGCUUCCACAUCUUAUUCUGUGUCUGCACUCAUUAAAACAAAACUGAUUUUUAAGAUCCGCCCCAAACCUAUCAUCACUAAUGUACCCAAGAAGGUGUAGCAGGACUAGAUUUCAUUGCUGGGACAGAGUCCCUGUCUGACUUGUCUUAUUCUAAGAAGUAUUUAUACUGUGAUGGUUUCUGAUCUGAAUGUUGUUGAAGGCAGUUUUUGCUACUUGCUACAAAACCUCAAGCUUACGGCUGGCUUGAGUAAAGCAAAAUAAGAUAUCAAUGGGUUUGUCACUACCUGACUUUCUGUCCAAAUUUAAGAAAAACAAAUGAAAAUUCUCAUUUCCUUUUUACUAUAGGAAAGACGGUAUAGGCAGGGCGGACUGAUGGACAGGUGAAGCAUGUCUGAAGGCAAAAAUUACAUUUAUUAUACAUAAUAACUGAUGCGGUGCCUCACAGCAAGAAGGUUUUCUCUUCCUCCCGCAGGAUGAAGGCCUGCAGUCAGUGGGUCUUGUCCUGUCCGUAUUUCCUUUCCUGGGUGUACCCCGCCUGUGGUAGCUGGGAUAGGCUUUAAACCUGUGACCCUGAUAAGGAUAAGUGAAAGAGAUGUUUGUAACAGCAGUUUUUAUGUGCAGUCAUGAAUAUAUAUAUUAUAAAGAAAUACUGGUGCAGACAAACUUUUUAGGUCCUUUGAACCAGAAAUUAGACGUACUUUCACUUUGUGUUUUACAUUUAUUUUUGGUAAAAUAGAUUUAAUUAAAAUGGAUUCAUCGAGAUAAAAAACAGAUGACGCUCAUUGUUUUGUGGUUUGAGUUCGCUUUUCCACUCUGGAGGGAAAGGGCACUGCAAAUCAAUACGCAUUUGUUCGGAGUAACUCAUUUUUCUGCUAAAGAAACAUUUUGAUCAUUCCAGAGAUUUGGGAAAUCUGCCAGUGCACACUGAAUUUGUUCUAGCAUCACAUAGUGGCCCAGAGUCUGAGAGCGUUUUGAAUAAUUCUGAGUGUCUGCUUGUCUCAGAUCUAAUUUAAUAAUUGAAUCAUUGUUCCCAUCUUUUGGUGAAGUGUUUUUAAUUAAAUAGAAACCAAAUGUUUGCAGGUACAUGAUGAUGUUGUGAUUGGACUGGUACUUGGCAUUGGCACUAGCAUCUUCGUAUUCAAGUUGAGCACACAUUCACCCAGUUAUCCAGGACUUUGUUUUUUUAAGCACACACACACUCUCACAGAUGCCGUGGAUUUGGGUUCAGUAUAUUCCCCAAAGAUACAUGCACACUGGAGGUCACUGAGCUAUCUUCUCAUCCCUUCUGUGUUUCUUUACUGUCUUUGGAUUGAUGCAGCAGUUGUAAUGUAACAAAUUCAAGUGUAGAUGAUGAAAUUGAAUGAUGUUAAAACUGAAUAAAUGUGAUGUUUGAAACAAAUACAGUUUAAAAUAAAGGUUUAUGGGCAGUUUAAGAGUAUGUACAUGAAUAAAUUCAAUAUGUAAUACUGUAA